GCUGCAGUUCAAUCUUUGCACUUUGCAUUGUUUAGAAAAGACAAAUUGCCAAAGAGAAAAUGAGCGAGUUUAGUGAAAUUCUUAACAACGUGGGAGAAUUUGGAGCGUUUCAAAAACGUUUACUGGUAUUGAUAUGUAUCCCAUACUUAUUUACGGGAUUCCACAUACUUGCACAGGUUUUUACUGGAGCGACUGUACAACAUCACUGUCAAGCCAACUGGAUACUAAAUAUCACAGAUGAGUUGAGCAAAGAAGAACAAUUGCUCCUGACUAUCCCGAAGGAACAAGACGGGUCUUACCAAAAGUGUAAAAUGUACACUCCUCACCCAGAUAAAGACAUCAACUGGAUUUUGUUACAGGGCAACAAAUCUACAAUAGCAUGUGAAGAAGGAUGGGUGUAUGACUUGUCACAACAUCGAUCGACCAUAGUUACGGAGUUUAAUUUGGUUUGUGAUCACCGCUGGCUAAGUCAAUUCUCACAGACUAGUACUAUGGCUGGCCUACUUGCUGGAGCCUUGUUGUUCGGCCCUCUAGCAGACAGGUUUGGUCGGCAAAGAAGUAUUUUAGUCUCACUGCUUCUUCAGUUUAUCACUGGAGUAGGAGCAGCAUUUGUCCCAAACGUCAGCUUAUUCAUUGUUUUGCAAUUUGUUCUUGGGACUUCUGUGUCUGGCAUAAUGAUGAACACAAUCGUUUUAGGAACAGAAUGGACUGGUGUAGCACAUCGAUCAUAUCCAUCAGUCCUUACCCAGUGUUGCUUCUCAGGAGGACAAGUGCUUCUAGCUGGACUGGCUUAUGGCAUUCGUGACUGGAGAAUGCUGCAACUAACAACCUCAUGUCCAAUGGUUAUCUUCUUGUCUUACAUAUGGUUGCUUCCAGAGUCUGCAAGAUGGCUUAUAACGAAAGGACAAAAAGAAGCUGCUAAGGAGUAUCUUCGGAGAGCAGCAAUAAUGAACAGAAGGGCAAUAAAUGAAUCAUUGAUUGACAAGGCCACUGUGAAAGAAAUCAAGCAGAUCACGUUCUGGGAUCUUUUCAGGAUAUCAAGUCUGAGAAGAGUUACAUUAGUUUUGACCUACAUUUGGUCUGUAAACAGCUUUGUGUAUUAUGGAUUAUGCCUCAGUGUUGGAAGUUUUGGCAAGAACAUUUACCUAACAAACUUCAUCUUUGGAUUAGUGGAAAUCCUCCGUUUUUCCUGCAUCUGGUUUUUGGCGAGAUUUGGUCGGAAAAAAUGUCAAGGAUGUUUUCUGUUGCUUGGUGGUGUUGCAUGCCUCCUCAUAUUGACUUUUCCGGAAGGAAUGGCUCUGGAAGUCACAGUGCUUGCUGUCCUUGCAAAGUUGUCAAUCUCAUGCUCCUUCUCAGUAACUUAUGUUUAUUCUACUGAGUUAUUCCCGACUGUGAUCAGGCAGACAGGCAUUGGUUUUGCGUCCAUGUUUGCUCGGUUAGGCGGCACCAUUGUUCCCUUGAUUAUGAUUCUGGAACAGGACUAUCCAGGUAUCUCCUUGACCUUAUUUGGAAUCACAUCCAUAAUUGCCAGUGCCGUGAGCCUCCUGCUGCCUGAAACUGCCAACGAAGAAUUGCCAGAUCACACUGGACAACUUGGAAAUGUUAAAAAGGAAGUGAAUGGCAAAAGUGAUGUAGAAAAUUCAUGCCCUCAGUCUGCAACAGAUGCUGAAGGAAACUUCACUAGGAGCACAAGAAUGUGACGCUACAUGUUUUUGAAGAGUGGCCUGAAUUUGAGCAGCACUGACUGCAACCACUUCAGAAAUACACUGCAUUUUAACUUUUAGCUUGUAUUCAUUUGCAGGAAACAAUAUGUCAAUUUGUCAGAAGAAAAAUUGGGUCAGAAAAUGACUUUAAAAAUAUUGUUGAAUAAUUCUUUAUUAGUAAUUUGAACACAGGAUGAAUCAUCAGAGCCUGGUACAAUGAGUCGGAGGAAUUCUUAUUUUUUGUGACUGAAAUUAGGCAAUGUGUGAUACGUGUAUGAUGGUGUACUUUCCUUUGUUUUUAAGGCAACUAAUACUGUAGAUAUUCAUGAAAUGUAUAGGAAGGUAUCCACAGGAUUUCAUAAACAUAAUAAUGAUAGGAGUCCAUCUGUGGGAUCUCAAGUAGAACAUGUAUUUGUCACACUGCUUUGGCUAAUGCACGGAAACAUAAUUGCAUAAAAUAGACAUAAUGGCAGACUUGUCUUGAAGGAACAGAUUAAAAAGGAAAUGACUUAAUCUUGAA